UGUGUGCGACGGUUCCGUCCACGCCAGCUGUGGGGCGGGGGUCACUAUUCUGUGGCGGCUUCCAGUGCGGCUCUUCGAAAGUGAGCGGAAAGGUGGCUAGGACUCACCUCUGCGCCUUUGAACAAGCCGUGAGCCUACCCGUGAGCGGGGAGGGCGACAGUCAGCCGAGGUCACCCGGCGCAGGGCAGGGGAGGGGUGGCGAUCGGCUGAGCCCGCGGGACCCGCUUCUGUCGCCGCCUCUCCGGGCCCCGCUCUCUCCACAGGGUCCCGUGAUGGCGGCGGCGUGGAGGGACCCGGCGCGGGUGUCUGUGACCUUCGAUGAUGUGGCCGUGACUUUCACCCAGGAGGAGUGGGGGCAGCUAGACCUGGCCCAGAGGACCCUGUACCAGGAGGUGAUGCUAGAAAACUGUGGGCUCCUGGUGUCUCUGGGGUGUCCUGUUCCCAGACCUGAGCUGAUCUACCAGCUGGAGCACGGGCAGGAGCUGUGGACAGUGAAGAAAGACCUCUCCCAAAGCACCUGUGCAGGUGAUGAAGGGAACCCCAAGACCACAGGACCUACCACUUGUGAGCCAGCCCAGUCUGAGGGAGCCUCUCUCCAGGAACAGCUACCACAGGGAGCCCCAGGGGACUCCCAGGUGGGCCAAACCAAGGAUCAGGAUGGGCCAUCGAAAAUGCAGGAAGGACACUUGAGACCAGAGAUAGACCCCCAGAGGGAGAAGCUGCCUGGGAACGUGAGCCCUGAACAUGAUGGUUUAGGGACAGCUGAUGGUGUAUGUUCAUGGAUUGUACAGGAGCCAGUCCCUCUGGGAGGUGCUGUUCUUAACCAUGACUCAUGUGGAUCAGGUAAAGAUCCCAUCAUUCAGGAAGAGGAAAAUAUCUUUAAAUGCAAUGAAUGCGGAAAAGUUUUUAACAAGAAACGCCUACUUGCUCGACAUGAGAGGAUUCACUCUGGAGUAAAGCCCUAUGAGUGCACAGAGUGUGGGAAAACAUUUAGUAAGAGCACUUACCUACUGCAACACCACAUGGUCCACACUGGGGAGAAGCCCUAUAAGUGCAUGGAAUGUGGAAAGGCCUUUAACCGCAAGUCACACCUUACACAACACCAGCGGAUUCACAGUGGAGAGAAGCCUUAUAAAUGCAAUGAAUGUGGAAAGGCCUUCACCCAUCGCUCCACUUUUGUCUUGCAUAACAGGAGCCACACAGGAGAAAAGCCCUUUGUGUGCAAAGAAUGUGGAAAAGCCUUCCGAGAUAGGCCAGGUUUCAUUCGACACUACAUCAUCCACAGUGGUGAGAAUCCCUAUGAAUGCUUUGAAUGUGGCAAGGUCUUCAAACACAGGUCAUACCUCAUGUGGCACCAGCAGACUCACACUGGGGAGAAGCCCUAUGAGUGCAGUGAGUGUGGGAAAGCCUUCUGUGAGAGCGCAGCCCUCAUUCACCACUACGUCAUCCACACUGGGGAAAAGCCCUUUGAGUGCCUUGAGUGUGGGAAGGCCUUCAACCACAGGUCAUACCUCAAGAGGCACCAGCGAAUUCACACUGGGGAGAAGCCUUAUGUGUGCAGUGAAUGUGGGAAGGCCUUUACCCACUGCUCUACUUUUAUUUUGCAUAAAAGGGCCCACACUGGAGAGAAACCUUUUGAGUGCAAAGAAUGUGGGAAAGCCUUUAGCAAUCGGGCAGACCUCAUUCGACACUUUAGCAUCCACACUGGAGAGAAGCCCUAUGAGUGCAUGGAGUGUGGGAAGGCCUUUAACCGUCGGUCAGGCCUCACGAGGCACCAGCGGAUUCACAGUGGAGAGAAGCCCUAUGAAUGCCUCGAGUGCGGGAAGACCUUCUGCUGGAGCACAAACCUGAUUCGACACUCCAUUAUCCACACUGGAGAGAAGCCGUAUGAGUGCAGUGAGUGUGGAAAGGCCUUCAGUCGCAGCUCAUCUCUCACUCAGCAUCAGAGGGUUCAUUCUGGGAGAAACCCUGUCAGUGUAACAGAAGUGGGAAGACCCUUCACAGGCGGGCAAUCCUCGGUCCACCUCCAAGAACUCCUAUUGGGGAAAAACUUUUUGAAUGUAACCACUGAGGAAAAUCUUUUGCCAGAGGAAACAUCUUACUCAGAAUCUGAUCAUUCGUACCAAAGAGAAACCCCUCAGUUUUCUUCUCUGUGAGAAAACCUUCUAUUGGAGGAUAUCAGUUGUCAUCUAAAAAGUCAUAUUGGAAAUUGACCCAGCCUAAAGCCUUAUUCUCCAUCUGAGAAUUCAUCCAGAAGAGAGACCCAGAUGUUACUAUGCACUUAGGAAAUCCUUCAGCUACAUCGUUCUCCUUAGUUUACACUGCAGUGUUAUCUCAGGAAUUCUUUUUUAAAAAAGAAGGGAGAGACUUAGAAGAGAAAAUGAACUGCAAAUACAGUUUCUUUCAGACUUCAUUGCCAAGCCUAUGGCAAUCUGUCAUGGAUUCCUUAGUUUACCUGUAGGAGGAGAGUUUUGUUUCAGAGGUAAAGGACCUAGACUCUUUAUGUGUUAUGUAUAUACAUUAAUUGCUGUCCAGUGUCAGG